AUGACGCCCCUGUGGAUGAUGCCCGUGAAUGAUGCCUCUGUGGAUGGUGCCCCUGUGAAUGACGCCCCUGUGGAUGAUGCCCCUGUGAAUGACGCCCCUGUGGAUGAUGCCCCUGUGAAUGAUACCUCUGUGGAUGGUGCCCCUGUGAAUGACGCCCCUGUGGAUGAUGCCCCUGUGGAUGGUGCUCCUGUGGAUGGUGCUCCUGAAAAUGACACCCCUAUGGAUGGUGCUCCUCUGAAUGACUCCCCCGUAGAUGGUGUCCUUGUGGAUGGUGCUCUUUUAGCUGUGAACACACAAAUUGGAGAUGAUUCAUAUGAUGAUGCCCAUGAUCUGAGUGGACUUAGUAUAGACACAGAUGUCAUAAUGGAGGAGAUGAAUAAAUCAACCUCAGACUUCAAUAUCAGCUUGGACGGAAUGCUAAGUGCCAUCAUAACAGAGAACAUGCCCCCCCACCAAUGCCAAACCAGACCCUGA